UCACUCCACUCAUUCACAUUUCAACUACACAAAUACAAGACUAUUUAUCAUCUAGCAACAUUUAAAUCAUUAAUUUCCCAGUUCAUUUAAUCAUUCAUCAGCAUGAAGAUGAGCAGUGGUAACUCGAAGAGAAGACUAUUGUCUAGCAAGAGCGUCGGAUCUGCGUUCCGAGAGCAAAAAGCUCGGCUUUAUAUUAUCCGAAGAUGUGUCGUUAUGCUUCUUUGCUGGCACGACUAGAUUUUUCUUUUCUUUUCUUUUCUUUUCGUGGCGGAAUGUAAAUACGGCGGUUGAGGUAGCUAGCUAGAAAAUCCUGAAACUAAAUUUUGUUGUGGCGUUAGCCUAGAUUUAUGAAUAUAUAUAUACAUCGGAUACUAUUUAUUAUAUGAUUAAUUAACUACUUUCUCAUCACAAA